UAAUUUUGUUUUAUUAUUUACAAACUUGAGAAAAUUACUGAAUCGCAUUUACAAGUUUAGUUUCAAUUGACGCCAUGAGUGUUGCAAAUCUUACCAGUUCUACUUUCUAAGUGCCAAUGAUCACCUCAUAGUAAGCGAUUUGCAUUUGAACUAUUUUCGAAGAUUUUUCAAGUGAAUCCGGUGUAUGAAAAAGUUUUAUGUAUAUUAAAAGUCAAAAAAUUACAUUCGAAAACCAAAAGUCAAUCCACUCGUGAAUAGCUAGCAUUGUGAAUACUAAUUGAUAUUGUGCCAUUUUUUUUAAUUCUCACAAAAAUCCAAAGUGCUCUACCCAAAGUGAUAUAACAAGAUGCCGCAACAGUAUCAUUCAUUAUCCGAUGCAAUGUAUACCGACUACAGACAGCCACCACCACCACCCUCUUAUCAGGAAAAUUAUCAAAUGAUGUACCCACAUUCCAAUUUCCAACACUAUCGUUCGGCGUUAACAUCGUCUGGUGCAAAUGAUUUAGGAUACGAAUACAGUCAACAGUAUUAUUCUCCAAUUCCAUCGACAAACUCAUUCGGAAUGUUGAGCAGUUUUAAUGGCAGUGGCAGUGCAUUCUCCAGCAACUUUCAUGCGUCACCUUAUUCGACCAAUUUUCAUGCACCACCGUAUCCAAUCUAUGAUAAUCUUUCCACUUCGCCUACAAAUACUCUCAACACGAAAAUCGAUCUACAACCAGCGCAAAAUGGUUCCAUCGAAAGUAAUUUGAUCAGAAAUAGCCCCGUCGAGAGUAGCGAUCGAUCGGAAAGUAGCAUCAGCUCGAAAUUGGAAGUUUGUUCCAAAAGCGACGAAACAUUGACUGAAUUAUCAGAGAAUAUUGACAAUUCGGAACAGGCUUCGAUCAACACCGUGUAUCAAACGUACAACGAGGAAAAUAUUUCGAAUUCAUCGAAUCAACAAAUCGUAUCGUCGUCCCACAGUGAGCUACGGAAAAAUGGAAAAAUUCGCUGCAAACGUAAACCACGUGUGCUGUUUUCACAAUCACAGGUGCUGGAAUUGGAGAGACGCUUUCGGCAACAACGUUAUGUAUCAUCACAAGAUCGUGAAAUUCUUGCACAAUCGCUGAACCUAACGGCUACACAAGUGAAAAUUUGGUUUCAGAAUCGUCGAUACAAAUCGAAGCGUGUUCAAAUUGAAACCAACAAUAAUUUCAACAAAAACCACAAUAAGAGUAGCACAAUAACUAGCCCAUUUAAGAUUGUUGAGACGACACCAAGUGAAAAUGAUUCCAUCCAUUUGGAUGAGCUGGAGGGCCCACAGCGGAAAAGCAAGCAAAAAGAUCAACCAUUACUGAAUCAGUGUGAUGAUGAUCAUGUAACCAAAUCCAAUAAUUUUGAGAUAUUGAAUCCCAUGUCAUCGUCAAAGAUUGAUACUGAUGUCCAUGAACCGUUUUACGCAAACCGAAGCACCGUUGUGUCACCACCGUAUUCAUCAAAUCUGUACAAUGCGACCGGAGGCAUAUAUCCGAUAAAUCAACAGCCAUACGAUCAAUACAAUAACAUAACGCCAGCAUCCAGUUCAUUCAACUGCUAUGAUAAAAUGUCCUAUUGGUAACGAUGUGAAACGAUUAUCAGACACAGAGACAAAGCACACCAAAGUCAUUACUGCAAUAUCAAAAUAAAAAUAUUAAGAUUGAAUCUAGUGCUAAAACCAAAAUCGAUUUCAUCAAUGACAACAGCUCAUAUUCUUGAAUAAAAUUAGGCUUAGAUUAAUGUUCUCUAAUGCGCAAAUCUCCUUUUAUUUCCUUGUCAUAAUUUACCGGGUGAAAUAUUACAAAUUUCGUACCGCUUGAAAAGAUGUGAGCAUAGGAUUUGUAUUUGCAAUCGAAUUUUGUCAAAUAUUUUUGUAAACGGAAACUUAUAGGAACAUUUUGUACACAAGAUCAU